CCGUUUCCGGUUGGAGACGUGGCUUGGGGCCGCCAUCUUGGCGAGAAGCGAAGCCGCGGCGGAGGCUCCUGUCAGGGGCAGCAGGAUCCGGAGCGGCCAGAGCUCCGCUUCCCUGGGCGGCAGCCCGAGCCCCAGCGGAGCCAGAGCGCGGCGCGCCCCAUCUGCGGCCUCACCAUGGUGCUGUUGGCAGCGGCAGUCUGCACGAAAGCGGGAAAGGCUAUUGUUUCUCGGCAGUUUGUGGAGAUGACCCGAACUCGAAUUGAGGGUUUAUUAGCAGCCUUCCCAAAACUCAUGAACACUGGAAAACAACAUACUUUUGUUGAAACAGAGAGUGUAAGAUAUGUCUACCAACCUAUGGAGAAACUGUACAUGGUGUUGAUCACUACCAAAAACAGCAAUAUUCUAGAAGAUUUGGAGACUUUAAGGCUCUUCUCAAGAGUGAUCCCUGAAUAUUGCCGAGCCUUAGAGGAAAACGAAAUAUCUGAGCACUGUUUUGAUUUGAUUUUUGCUUUUGAUGAAAUUGUUGCCUUGGGAUACCGAGAGAAUGUUAACCUGGCACAGAUCAGAACCUUCACAGAAAUGGACUCUCACGAGGAGAAAGUAUUCAGAGCAGUCAGAGAGACUCAAGAGCGUGAAGCUAAGGCUGAGAUGCGGCGUAAAGCAAAGGAAUUACAACAGGCCCGAAGAGAUGCAGAAAGACUGGGCAAAAAGGCGCCAGGGUUUGGGGGAUUUGGUAGUUCUGCAGUAUCUGGAGGCAGCACAGCAGCCAUGAUCACAGAGACUAUCAUUGAAACUGAUAAACCCAAAGUGGCACCUGCACCAGCCAGACCUUCAGGCCCCAGCAAGGCUUUGAAACUUGGAGCUAAAGGAAAGGAAGUAGAUAACUUUGUAGACAAAUUGAAAUCGGAAGGUGAAACUAUUAUGUCUUCUAACAUGGGGAAACGUACCUCGGAAACAACCAAAGUGCAUGCUCCGCCCAUUAAUAUGGAAAGUGUGCACAUGAAGAUUGAAGAAAAGAUCACACUAACCUGUGGGAGAGAUGGAGGACUACAGAAUAUGGAGCUGCAUGGCAUGAUCAUGCUUAGGAUCUCAGAUGACAAAUUUGGUCGGAUUCGUCUUCAUGUAGAAAAUGAAGAUAAGAAAGGGGUACAGCUACAGACCCAUCCAAAUGUGGAUAAAAAACUUUUCACUGCAGAGUCUCUCAUUGGCUUGAAAAACCCAGAGAAGUCGUUUCCAGUCAACAGUGAUGUAGGGGUACUAAAGUGGAGGCUACAGACAACAGAGGAAUCCUUCAUUCCUUUGACAAUUAAUUGCUGGCCCUCUGGAAGUGGAAGUGGCUGUGAUGUCAACAUAGAGUACGAGCUACAGGAAGAUAACUUAGAGCUCAGUGACGUGGUCGUCACCAUCCCACUCCCAUCGGGUGUUGGUGCACCUGUGAUUGGUGAAAUCGAUGGGGAAUAUCGGCAUGACAGUCGGCGAAAUACCUUAGAGUGGUGCCUGCCAGUGAUCGAUGCCAAAAAUAAGAGUGGCAGCCUGGAGUUCAGCAUUCCUGGGCAGCCCAAUGACUUCUUCCCUGUUCAAGUUUCCUUCAUCUCCAAAAAAAAUUACUGCAACAUACAGGUUACCAAAGUGACCCAAGUAGAUGGAAACAGUCCUGUCAGGUUUUCUACAGAGACCACCUUCUUAGUGGACAAAUAUGAAAUCCUGUAAUACCAAGAAGGGAAAGCCGAAAAAGAAGGAUUUCAGAUUAAUAAAGAAGAAGCCAAAAGUGGCUGGAGAGUUUUUCCAAAUUUACAAGCCAUUGGAGCCCCCUCUUUUUUUUUCUGAUACAGUGCACGUUCUCUGCGCUCAAGGACCCUCAACUUACCCCCAGCGUUGCGGUGUCACAGAGACAUUCUUUGACAAAGAAAUGACACUGACAUAAAGGGAAAGGCUGCUGAUUUCUUUGGCAGGUUUUACUGGCCAACAGGAAGAGAGCUGUCCAGGGAAUGCCCCAGUAACCAGCUCUUCUGCCUCCACCUAAGUCUCCCCUUUAUUUUAAGCCCUACAUAUAGUUAUAUUUCAUACU